CUGAGUUCUUGAUGCAUAAGGAUAUGAACAAUAUUGGGGUAAAGAAGAGAGGACAUGGGAAUCGUUCUUGGAUAAAGAUUGAUCAGGAAGGGAACUCAGAGGUUUUGGAGCUUGAGAAGGCUACUAUAAUGAGGCAUUGUUCUUUACCUUCAAGAGAUAUGCGACUUUUGGAUCCGCUCUUCCUUUGCCCGUCCACAAUUCUCGGGAGGGAGAAGGCGAUCGUUGUCAGUCUCGAGCAAAUUCGGUGUAUAAUCACAGCUGAUGAGGUGAUUCUGAUGAACUCCUUAGAUGGAUGUGCUGCUCAGUACAAGGCAGAGCUGUGCAAGCGUCUCCAUGCAAGUAAAGAUCAAUCAGAUGAUUUGCCCUUUGAAUUUAGGGCACUGGAGCUGGCGCUGGAACUUACUUGUUCAUUUCUUGACACUCAGAUGAAGGGGAUGGAAAUCGAGAUAUACCCUCUACUGGAUGCUUUAGCGUCUUCGAUAAACACGCUUAAUCUCGAAAGAGUUCGAAGAUUUAAAGGCAACCUUCUGUCCUUGACUCAACAAGUGCAAAAGGUACGUGAUGAAGUCGAGCAUCUGAUGGACGAUGAUGGGGAUAUGGCAGAGAUGUUUCUGACAGAAAAGAAACAAAGAUUGGAGGCGAACAUCCGAAGUAACUUGUAUCUCGAAACUAGUUUCUUCGGGAAACCAAAAUCUGCUCCUGUUUCACCAGUGGGUUCGACCAAUGAAUCUUUUAAAUUACAAAGGGCUUUUAGCAGUAUUGUAAACUCGAGCAGCUUGAUGAGUUCAUCAAAUGGUGGUGAUAACGUCGAACAAUUGGAGAUGCUGCUCGAGGCGUACUUCGUGGUUAUUGAUGACAUGCUCAGUAAAUUGUUAUCGCUCAAAGAAUCUAUAGAUGACACAGAAGAUCUGAUCAACAUUAAACUGGGCAACGUUCAGAACCAGCUGAUACAAUUCCAGGUGCUUUUCACUGCAGCUACGUUCUUGGCUACGAUGUUUGCGGCGUUAACUGCAGUUUUCGGCAUGAAUUUUUCCGACGAUGUCUUCGAGCAUCCGACUUCUUUCCAGUGGAUAGUUUACUUGACCUUGAUUGCCUGUGGCCUUGUGUUUAUCUCUUUUCUAUUCUAUUUUAGGUACAAGAAAAUCUUCCCAUUGUAAUUGAGCUGCAGUAUGUACCUGUUUGUACCUCUCUGCAAAAUGCAAAAUGAAUAUAUAUAGAACGUUGAGUUAUGCUCAAUUUGACAUGCAAUUUAGAAUUCACCAAGUAUCCAGCAAAA